UCUCCCUGUGUCUUUCUAUUCAGAAUAAAGAAAUAUUACUUCAACCUUAGUGUGUUCAGUUUGGUUUCAAGAAACGGUCUUGAAGGAUCUGUGGACUGGACAUCCCUCUCCAGGGGUGUCAAGUGCAUUUAGAAAGAAAAUGACAACAAUCAUAGCAUUUUUUUUAUUCAGUACACUUCUUCAAUCACUUUUUGCAUCAGUGCCUUCUCCCUGUGUCUUCCCAUUUAUUUACCGCGGAAAAGUCUACAAUUCUUGCACUAAAGAUGCAAGCAGGAACCGCCCAUGGUGUGCCACAACUGCAAACUAUGAUCAAUCUCAACAAUGGAAGUAUUGUGCGACUAAAGAAUAUGGUGGUAAUUCUGGUGGAAAACAAUGUGCAUUCCCCUUUACGUACAAGAAACGAACGUAUUAUAGUUGCACGAAUGAAGAUGCAGAAAUAGGAAGAUUCUGGUGUGCAACAACUGGGAGUUAUGAUAAGGACAAACAAUGGAGCUACUGUGCUGAUACCAGACUAUCUGCAUAUUCACAGGGACCUUGUGUGUUUCCUUUUAUCUACAAGGGAAAAUCCUACUCAUCUUGCACAAAAGCUGGGACUUCUGGUGGAAAGCUCUGGUGCUCUUUGAGCAGCAACUAUGAUAGAGAACCAAAAUGGACUUACUGUACACCCUCAGAAUUACGUCCUUGCAGGUUUCCCUUCCAAUUCAACAAAAAAACCUACUUUCAUUGUACAAGAGAUGGUGCAUCUGAUAACCAAUUGUGGUGUGCCACAACUGCAAACUAUGACAAGGACAGUAAAUGGAGGGCAUGUGCCACUGAAGAAUAUGAAGGCAACUCUAAAGGCAAGAGAUGUGUUUUUCCAUUCAUCUACAAUGGGAAAACAUUCACUUCUUGCACCAAUCAAAAUUCAGAGGAUAGAAGAUUUUGGUGUUCUGUCACAAGGAACUAUGACAAAGACCGGCAAUGGAGUUACUGUGCUGAUACAAGACUGUAAACCAAGAAGGCCUGUUGGACAAUAUGUAUGAUUCCUCAGAUUACCAAAAUCCAGAAAAUAUUAGAUGUUUGUGAUUCAAGGGAUAAUAACAUUUGAAUGGAAGUUAUGGCUAUAUGCCAUCUGUCACUUUAUCUUUGCAAACUUAUUACUGUAGAAAAGAUAUAUCUAGGUUUACUAGAAGUUAUCACACUUUGCAUUACUUUACUGUGACCCAUCUUUGUUCAUAAUUGUGCAUGAAAAAAAAUCACCUAAGAAAUUAUUUUAUUGCCAGAUAUGGUCAAUUCCCAGUUGCUUGCUAUCUGACAUUUUAGUAGCUUCCAGGGCACCUUCAUUUGUGCUAUCAGAAUUUGUAAGGAAUCAAUUAGCGUAUUUUUCACUCCAUAAAACACACUCCUACCCCCCCCCCCCAAAAGUGGCUGGAAAUGCCUGUGCGUCUUAUGGAACGAAUAUGGGCGUCAGGAUGCCUAGAAGAGCUGAUUGGUUGUAUUCCCGGAGGCUGAUCCAACCACCAAUCACCUGCUUGGCUGUGAAGACUCCAGCAUUCCUUAGUAGAGGCAGCAGACACGGAGGAGGCUUUUGCUGUUUGCUGCAAGGACGCUAGCCAAAUGUAUACCGGAUGGAUGCUGGGAGGCAGAUGCAGAUUUUUUUUUCUUGCUUUCCUCCUCUAAACCUAAGUGCCUCUUACGAUCAGGAGCAUCUUAUGGAGUGAAAAAUAUGGUAAUUUCCCAUCAUUUUAAGCCUACUUUAAAAUUCUUAUCUUUAGAACAUUGUAGGCUUGAAAGAUAAUUUUUAAUUGGAUUUUGUUGUAAUGUUUAAUGUUUAAAAAUCUGAUAAAAUAUAUUUCUUAUGUUGCUUUGUUCAUUAUGGCAUUCAAUACAGUAAGGUAUAUCAGAAAAGAAAGCAUACUGGUCCUCGGAAUAUACACUGGCAUUUGCCCACCUUUAUAGAAAUUUGUAUGUUUGUGAUAUCUUCUUUUUGCUUUGC